AUGAAGUUCACCACUUUUCUAGCGAUAGCCGCCGCCGUGAAGCUCAUUGCGGCGAGCCCUUCGCGUAUUACCCCCCGAGACUCCAAUGGAAAAGCCACAGUUGAUGUGUCUAAGAAGACCGGCCCAGCAAAAUUUCUUGGGUCAAAUUUCAUAUAUGGAUUUCCCGACAAUGGUGAAGAGGCGCAGACUGUUAUUCCCGAUCAUUUCCUCACAGAUAUCAAGUUCAAUGCCUGCCGUGCUGGUGGUGCACAAACAGUGUUUACCGGUUGGGGUGCUGGUGGGUAUGACCAGUAUAUUGGGCGAUUUAAAUCCACCUUAUCCAACUAUCGUUCGACUCGGAAGUUCAAUGGGGACUUCAUUUUAUUGAUUCACGAUCUUUGGGGAGCGGAUGGUUCAUCGUCCGAUAGUGCUCUUGUGCCCGGUGACAACGGGAAUUAUUCAGAGUUCGAGAAAUUCUUGGCCCAGUUGAAGAAGGAUAUCAAUGAGAAUGAUAUGCUAGACGGGCUUGUCAUUGAUAUCUGGAAUGAGCCAGAGUUGGAAAUUUUCUGGAAACGUUCGUGGGAGCAGUACCUCGACUACUAUGUGCAUGCAACGGCUUUGGUCAGAAAAUACUUCCCCGAUACCCUCAUUAGCGGUCCCUCGUUCGCGCAUGCCCCCAGCCUCGAUAAUGAAAAAUGGAAUACGUGGAUGGAUGUCGUUGCUGGCAACAAAAGCCUACCCGACCGCUACUCUUGGCAUCAGAUUGGCUCGUGGGAGCGUCAACCGGACACAACCGUACCAGACUUUGAUACUCUGCGCUCUUCAUAUAAUUUACCCAAGAAACCUAUCGACUUGAACGAGUACGCAUGGACCGACGAGCAAAACCCUUCCACAUCAGUUUACUACCUCUCCCAGCUCGAAAGACACAACGUCCGUGGCCUUCGCGCUAAUUGGGGAUCUGGCGGUGGUCUACAUGAUUAUCUUGCUAACUUGGUCUACAAAAAUGAUGCUGGCGAGUAUCAUCCAAAUGGAGAAUGGCAUCUAUACAAAUACUACGCGAGUAUGACGGGAGACCGACUCGCAACAAGUGCGUCGGACGAUCUACUCUUCGAUGUAUUUUCAACAAUCUCAGAUCGUCAUGUGAAAAUAUUAGCCGGAACGCGGACCAUUCAAGCCCCAUACGAUGUUAGUGUGGGUAAGCUAUCGGCUCUUGGACUUCCCCGUGACGGUAAAAUUGGCAUUCGCACAUACCGCUUUGACUGGAAUGGUCAAUUUGCAGAUGUGAAAAGUCCGGUGGACUUGGGGUGCUCUAAGUAUUCGAUUGUCUCAGACCAGGUUCGUUUUCUCAUUCCUUCAGGGUUCGAUGGACAUAUCUUGCCGAAAUGCAUAUAG